AUGCGUUGGUUGCGCUGGCGCUCUAAGAAACCAAGCAAAGCUGCCAAAGCACUUUCGAGUGACUCACCCUCUAAAGGUUUCAAGGUCCUCGGGCUCGAUGAAGACACGGGCCCAAAUAUCCAGGGAAUGCUCAGACAACGGGCUUACAAGCCCACCGUUGAGCACAAGAAACCAAUCGCACAGUGGCGCUUCCAAUUGAGCCAGUAUGAGAAUAUUUUUCAAGUGGAGCAUCUCAGAACAGCUAUCCGCCUCAAUGAAAACCAUAAAUUUGGAGGCCGCCCGGGUAAAAUCGUGCACUUACAAGACGGGGUUGUGAUGCCCAGAAACGAGAUAGUGAAGCCCUAUUGUAUUGAUCUUUCAGACGAUUUCCGCAUGCCAGGAACUACAGGCAGCGACGGGUGCAAAGUGGUAGGCAGCAGUAACUCGAUCUCGCCACCCGAAUGCUCACCAAUGACUCCUUAUGCUAAUUUUCAAGAAGCCUUGGUAUUCGACUACAGCCAGGAGCUGCAAUACUAA